UGACAUUACACUUCGGCAGAAUUACCUGUCGUGGUGAGUCGUGUAAUCUCUUGAUAGAGAUUAUAAAAUAAUUGUUCUUUGGUUUUAAUUAAGGCAAGUGGACUGGUAAUUCUUUCUUGCCAGAUCCAAAACUUCGCGCGAGGAGUCUCCGUACUCCUACAACCCUUGUAAGAAGCUACUAAGCUUCUUUUAAUGUCUAUGUAUUCAGUGCUUAUGAACAAUAUAAAAAUGACUCUAAAUCCGAAAGACGUAAUUAUAAGUAUAGACAGGCCUAAAAUACUGUUGUUAAAGAAACAUAUAGACUACUUGGCUAAAUAUGGGACGGACCAGGACGAUUAUGAGUACAAUAUGACGGAGUAUCUUCGGAUGUCAGGCAUCUACUGGAGCUUGACGGCGAUGGAGCUAAUGGGAGCCUCUGAUAGGAUGCCAAAGGAUGACAUAAUAAGCUUCAUCUCAACAUGUCAGAACAAGGAGUCGGGCGGCAUCUCAGCGUGCUUCCCACAUGACCCUCAUAUUCUAUACACCUUGAGUGCUAUACAGGUUCUGACCAUGUACAACAGGCUGGAUGCCAUAGAUGUGGAGGGUGUGGUCAAGUUUGUGGCGUCCCUGCAACAACCUGAUGGGAGCUUCUAUGGUGACAUCUGGGGUGAGCAGGACACAAGGUUCACAUUCUGUGCGGUGAUGUGUCUCUCACUAUUGCACCGACUGGACGCCAUUAACGUUGACAAGGCAGUUGAGUUUGUGCUCAGCUGCAUGAACUUUGAUGGAGGCUUCGGUUCCAAACCUGGCUCUGAAAGCCAUGCUGGGCUCAUCUACUGCUGCGUGGGCACUCUCUCCAUCUGCAAGAGGCUGGAUGCACUAAAAGUGGAUGCCUUGGCCUGGUGGCUGUGUGAACGUCAACUGCCCAGCGGUGGCCUGAAUGGCAGACCUGAGAAGCUGCCUGACCUUUGCUACUCAUGGUGGGUAAUAUCAUCCCUGAAAAUCUUGAACAAGAUGCGCUGGGUGGACAAGGAGAGACUGGAGCAGUUCAUAAUGGCCUGCCAGGACCCAGACACGGGCGGAUUCAGUGAUCGACCAGGAGACAUCACUGACCCAUUCCACACACUCUUCGGUGUAGCCGGGCUCUCACUACUCGGCAACAGCAAAAUCAAACCAGUCAACCCUGUAUACUGCAUGCCACAAGAAACCAUUGAUAGGCUUAAACUGAAACCACAAAUGUUAUAAGUAAUUUCCAGUAUGUAUGUCUGAAUGUGUGUAUCGUAGUUUAAGUGGAAAGCGAGUAGGUAAUGGAGUAACUUUUUAUUAUUCUUUAAUAAGCAUCAUGAUGGAAGCAAGGGCAAGUACAACUUGAGAAGUGUUAUUUGAAAAUGUGUCCCGAUAAUGGGACACAUUGUCAAAUGUGACGAAUUUAUCCGAUGGCUUUGGAACUGACUUUUAUGACUGAAGGUGUAGUUUCUUGUCUUUUCCUUCGUACCCUAUAGUUAAGUAGCAUCAUUUUUUAUUAUAAACUGAAUGUACGCUGUCAACUUUUAUAUUUAUUAUAUAUUUAAGCAGCUAUGCAAUAAUAAAGAAGUAUACAAUGUGAUAAUAUAUAGCAA